GUGCUCGCCCCGCCCCGCCCCGCCCUGAGCCCGGAGCGGCGGCGGAAGCGCGGGGAGCGCGGAGCGGGAUGGAGCCGCCGGCCAAGGAGGGGCCGCUGUUCGUGCAGCACAGCAACAAGUUCGGCACCAAGCGGUGGAAGCGGGGCUGGUUCGCGCUGUUCCCGGCCAGCCAGCACGGCGUCGCCCGCCUGGAGUUCUUCGAUUGCAAAGAGCCGGCGGGUCCGGCCGGGCGGUUGGGGACGCGGCGCCUGGACAAGACGGUGGUUCGCCUGGCGGACUGCACCAGCGUCAGCCCCGCGCCCGCCGAGAGCGGCCCCCGGGCCGGCACGGCCGCCUUCCGCCUGGAGACCAGCGGGCGCAGUUACCUCCUGGCGGCCGAGCGGCAGCAGAGCGACGAGUGGGUGGCCAAGCUGUGCGAGAUCGCCUUCCCGGGGAAUGGGCCCAGGAAUGCUGCUGUGUCUGUCCAGUGUGGUAGAGAGGGCAGCGCGGAGGCGCCGGUCCUGGAGAUGGCUGUGAACUCUAUCUACUAUUCAAGAGAUGAAGUGAAUGCCUUCUGGGUGACAGUGCAGCGCACUGAGGCUGCGGAGCGGUGUGAGCUGCGCGGUUCCUACGUGCUCAAGGCUGAACGUGACAGUCUCGUCCUGAAGGACCCGCAGACCAGUGAGAUCCUCUAUGUCUGGCCCUACCGGCUGCUCCGGAGAUAUGGCCGGGACAAGGUGAUGUUUUCCUUUGAAGCUGGCAGACGUUGUGAUUCUGGACCAGGGAACUUCACCUUUGAGACCAAGCAGGGCAAUGAGAUCUUCCGCUUGGUGGAAGCCUCCAUCCGAGAACAGAAAGCUCAGGUAGAGGAGAACCUGCAGAGCUGUGACUCGUUGGACUCUGACAGCCCCAGUGUGGUGCUGAUCCGCCAGUCUCUGGCUGAUGCACUGAGCCUGGAGCAGCCCACAGAAGGGGAUGCUGCUGCAGCACCCAAGGCAGGCCUGGCACCACAGCCUUCUGCUGCAGCAGAGGAAAGAGAUGCGAUAUCACUGCUGAAGACCCGGAUGCUGCCAGAGCCACCUGUGCUGCAGGCCAAGCCCCCCAUCACCAGCACCCCUCCACGCUCCCCUUUGCCCAAGGCACCGCGGGCCUUCCUGCCAGACAAGGAUCCCUCCAGCCUCUACUCAGAGCCUCUGGACUCCGUCAAAGGCUUCCGGCCCAGGCUGGACCCGCUGUACGCAGACCCCAUUGACAGCAAGGCCGCGGGGGCUGCGGAUGGGGUGAAGCUCCGGGUGCUGUUCCCAGGUACCUGUGAGCAGGUGCGGGCCGAGGGCUGCAGCCCAGCACGGAAGGAGCACAUCUACGAUGAGCCCGAGGGCUGCGCGCCCCGUGUGCUGCCCGCUGCUGCCAGCAUCUACGAUGAGGCACGGCCCAUAGGGGAGGCCUGGCGUACACAGGGCCAUGAUGGCAAGAGUGGCUAUGAGUACCCCUACAACCCCAGUACUGAUGACUAUUCAGUUCCUGCCUUCAAGGCCAAGGGUCCCAAGCCAGUGCCUGCUCCCAAGCCCCCAGCAACGUUCAUCUCCAAAUGUGCUGAAAGAAGUGAGGACCCUGGCAGGAGGCGAGGGAAUGUUGCUCCUGAGAAGACGGCCAUCAAACCUGGCCUGAACAGCAGCAACAACAACAACACGGAGGUGCUGUACUGCCGGGUGGUGAAACCCCAGCUUGGGCAGAGAAAGGAGCAGUGUGUGGAUGAGUGUAGCCUGUCACCUGUCUAUGAGGACCUAGGAGAGAUAUAAUGUGCUGCUGCUCUGCACCUGCCUGGGGGGACUUUGGGGCCCAAAGUCAACACGGAGUGGCACAGGUGGCUGUGCUUCAUGGCCCGGCAUGGGGCUGGGGGCUGUGUGGGAUGGGGCAGAGCCCCUCCUACUUGUCAGCUCUGAGGGGCUGUGUCUCCCUGGGGCUGUCCCACACACCUGGGGUCAGAGUGCUGCACUGAUGCUGGUGCUGCUCUGCUCCAGAGCCAGCCUCACUGACACCUGAUGGGGCAGGAGGGUGGGCUCUGCACAGUGCCUGCUGUUUUGACUCCAGAGGCUCUGGCUGUGCUCUGCCUUCCUCUCUGGGCCAGCCACAGGGCUGAGAUGCUCACUGCAGUGCCUGGGGGCUGCUUGUCAUCAGUCUCCAAAAGUAUUUUUAUACAAAAUUAUUUUGAUAUUAAAAUUUUGUAUGUCUUAUGGUGAAGUGUUUGCAUGUGGCACGUUAGGCACAUAGGUGGGGAGAUGCUGGUGCAGUGUUGUGUGUGAUGCCCAGCAGAGCAGUGUUCACUCUCAUGCUGCCUGUACCAGAGCUACUGAGCUAAGAGGAGACCAUAGCGACAGUAGGAGGGCAGCUCCAGCAGUGGCUAGGAUGCCCUGAUGCCAAGGGAUUGAGGGAUGUGAGAAUUGGUCCUGCUGAUGCUGUAGUGUGCUCGUCAGGACGAGGUAUGUUGGGAUGACCUGAAAAAGACUCUCCUGGCCAGGGCCAGGCUCAAGGUCUGUGCUGGAGUUCAGUGGCUGCUGAUCACAGGUUCUCUGCUUAACCUUGUGCAUUCCUCUGCUAAUUCCCCAUUUAUCCUCAUGUGCUUUUGGAAGGCUGAGGAUGGCGCAGUCUGAGUCCCACUGACUUUAAUGGCAAAUACUCUGAUUGCACUGUUGAUGAGGUGAAAGGUUUGGCUUUGACUCCUGUGUGUCUGGCCUCAGGCAGAAACCUGCACAGGGAAAAAAUAUGUUGCUCUUUUGGUGUUGGUAA